AUGGAAGACGUCAUAGCUCGCAUGCAAGAUGAGAAAAAUGGGAUUCCUAUUCGUACAGUCAAAAGUUUUCUUUCCAAGAUCCCCAGUGUCUUUUCUGGUUCAGACAUUGUUCAGUGGUUGACAAAGAACUUAUCUAUAGAAGAUCCAGUGGAAGCUCUACAUUUGGGAACGCUGAUGGCAGCACAUGGUUAUUUUUUUCCAAUCUCAGACCAUGUUCUAACACUAAAGGAUGAUGGCACAUUUUACCGAUUCCAGACGCCCUAUUUUUGGCCUUCAAAUUGUUGGGAGCCGGAAAACACAGACUAUGCGGUUUACCUCUGCAAGCGGACAAUGCAAAAUAAAGCAAGGCUAGAGCUAGCAGACUAUGAAGCUGAGAGCUUGGCCAGGCUACAGCGAGCAUUUGCUCGGAAGUGGGAGUUUAUUUUUAUGCAAGCUGAAGCACAAGCAAAAGUUGACAAGAAGAGAGACAAGAUAGAAAGGAAAAUUCUUGACAGCCAGGAGCGAGCAUUUUGGGAUGUGCACCGGCCAGUGCCUGGAUGUGUAAACACUACUGAAGUGGAUAUAAAAAAGUCUUCAAGAAUGAGAAAUCCACAUAAAACAAGAAAGUCUGUCUAUGGCUUACAAAAUGACAUCCGAAGUCACAGCCCUACUCACACACCAGUACCAGAGUCUAAGCCUCCUACAGAAGAUGAACUACACCAAGAGAUUAAACACUGGCAAAUGCAAUUAGACAGACAUCGAUUAAAAAUGUCAAAAGUUGCAGAGAGUCUAUUAGCUUAUACAGAGCAGUAUUUGGAAUAUGAUCCUUUUCUUGUGCCCCCUGAUCCCUCAAACCCUUGGAUAUCUGAUGACACCACUUUCUGGGAGCUGGAGGCAAGCAAAGAGCCAGGACAGCAGAGGGUGAAACGAUGGGGAUUUGGCAUGGAUGAAGCUUUGAAAGACCCUGUGGGAAGAGAGCAAUUUCUCAAGUUUCUGGAGUCUGAAUUCAGUUCAGAAAAUUUAAGGUUCUGGUUAGCAGUAGAAGACCUGAAGAAGAGGCCUAUCCGUGAAGUUCCUGCUCGUGUCCAAGAAAUCUGGCAAGAAUUUCUUGCUCCAGGUGCACCCAGUGCCAUCAAUCUAGAUUCAAAAAGUUAUGACAAAACCACGCAGAAUGUAAAAGACCCUGGAAGAUACACAUUUGAAGAUGCUCAGGAGCACAUUUACAAACUGAUGAAAAGUGAUUCUUACCCUCGUUUUAUACGAUCCAGUGCCUACCAGGAGCUGCUACAGGCCAAGAAAAAGGGCAGAAACAUCCCUAUUUUCCCAUGCCAUAAAAACUGUACACCAACACUGAGGGCGAGCACUAACCUGUUAUGAAAAGAGGCAUUACAGACUCCGAGGGACUCUCUAGCCUUUCGAUGCCUCCAUUUCGAAAACUGUCUGCUCACUUCCUCCUUCAUAUCAAGCUGGAUCUGUGUCUUUUUAUUUUCUGCAAGCUCAAGUACAGUGAAAAA